CUGCACUACGGGACCAUCAUGGGCAGCAGAGCUUGUGUCAAAAUGGCAGCAGCUGCCUGGGCCAGUGGGUUUCUCAAUGCUCUCCUGCACACUGCUAACACAUUUUCAAUACCACUCUGCCAAGACAACACAGUGGACCAGUUCUUCUGUGAGAUUCCCCAGAUCCUCAAGCUCUCCUGCUCAGACGCCUACCUCAGAGAAGUGGGGCUUCUUGUGGUUAGUGUUUUUUUAGUCUUUGUGUGUUUUGUUUUCAUUGUGGUGUCCUAUGUGCAGAUCUUCACAGUCGUGCUGAGGAUCCCCUCUGAGCAGGGCCGGCACAAAGCCUUUUCCAUGUGCCUCCCACACCUGGCCGUGGUCUCCUUGUUUCUCAGCACUGUCAUGUUUGCCUACCUGAAGCCCCCCUCUCUCUCCUCCCCAGCUCUGGAUCUGGUGGUGUCUGUUCUGUACUCGGUGGUGCCUCCAAUGAGCCUGCAUGGGGAAGUGAACGUGCAGGUUGGCUGUCACUGCAGUGACCGUGAGAUGGUGGAAAGGGUGAUCAGGGAGGUUCCUGAUGACUGGGAAAAGGCAGACAUCACACCCAUUUUCAGGAAGGGCAAGAGGGAGGGUCUGGGGAACAACAGGCUGGUCAGCUUCACCUCUGACCCUGGCAAGGUGAUGGAGCAAAUCCUCCUGGAAACCAUCUCCAAGCAUAUGAAGGAGAAGGGUUGGAAGAGGCAGCAUGGGUUGAGCAAGAGGAAAUGGAAACCAUGCUUGACCAACCUGGCUGCCUUCUAG